CAGUUAUUUUUGUUUGUUUGACUCCGGCUGUUUGAACUUGUGGUUUUCAUGUAAUCAAGUAAUUUUUAUAUUGUCUAAUUCUGAUUGUUCCUCAGAUACAGUUUUCGGCGAAAAACAAGAACGGUUCCUUACCAUGAGUGUGGAUAUUUUAAGACAAACGAAACCAUCUGAAUCUAAACCAAAAGAAAUUGAAAAUGGUGCUGAACCUUCUGCUCCCAUUACCAAAAAGGGGAUAUUAACCUCCUUCCUGAAUGGCAAAGCGAUGAAUAUACCUGAUAAUGAUGUUCUUGGUAGAUGCCGAUUUGUGUCAGAGUUUGAAAAGCUUAACAGAAUUGGAGAAGGAACCUAUGGAAUUGUGUAUAGAGCAAAAGACACAAUUUCCGGUCAGAUUGUAGCCCUUAAGAAAGUUCGCAUGGACCAAGAGAGGGAUGGAAUUCCUAUAAGCAGUCUUAGAGAAAUUCAAGUCUUGCUCAACUGCAAGCAUGAAAACAUUGUCCACUUAAAGGAAGUAGUUGUUGGAAAAAGUCUUGAAAGCAUAUUCUUGGCCAUGGAAUAUUGUGAACAAGACUUAGCCUCAUUGUUGGACAACAUGCAAGCCCCUUUUACAGAAUCCCAAGUUAAAUGUAUUAUGCUUCAAGUUCUUAGGGGCUUAAGGUAUUUACACCAUAAUUUUGUUGUUCACAGGGAUCUCAAAGUUUCCAAUUUGCUUAUGACUGAUAAGGGGUGUGUAAAAAUUGCUGAUUUUGGUUUGGCAAGAUGGUUUGGUGCACCAUUAAAACCCAUGACCCCACAUGUUGUAACUCUCUGGUAUAGGUCACCAGAAUUAUUAUUACAAGCCCCUACACAAACUACCAGUGUUGAUAUGUGGGCCGCAGGAUGCAUUUUAGGUGAAUUAUUGGGGCACAAACCUUUGCUACCUGGCAGAUCUGAAAUUCAACAGUUGGAAUUAAUUGUAGAUCUACUAGGUACACCUUCAGAUGCCAUUUGGCCUGGAUUCAGUCAACUUCCAGCUUUACAAAACUACUCAUUAAAACAACAACCUUACAACAAUCUUAAACAGAAAUUCCCGUGGUUGUCUGCUGCUGGCCUAAGGCUUCUUAACUUCUUGUUUAUGUACGACCCAAAGAAGAGAGCCACCGCAGAGGAAUGCUUGCAAAGCAGUUACUUCAAAGAACCUCCUCUACCUUGUGACCCUAAGUUAAUGCCUACGUUUCCACAACAUAGAAAUAUCAAAGGAUCAAAGACGGUUUUGGAUAAUACAGGAAUGCAGGACCAAACCAAUAAUCUCCCUGCAAUUUCGGAUCUUCUGGGAUCGAUUGUUAAGAAACGAAGGGUAGAAUAGAUAAGGCUGUAGUAAGUGAAGUGUGAAUGCGUUUUUUGUGGAAGUGAAUAUUUUAUAUAGUGUUGGUUCAUAAAAGUAUUGCUAAAAAAUAUUAGAAGUUAUGUUAUUCACAUUGUGUGUACAAUAAAGCAGACCUAUCAAUUAAUAAGA